AUGUCAUUUAAGAAAAUAUCACAAACAUUCUCAACGAAUGUCUCGCUUCGGCCAUUUAUGUUCAUUUGCUUCAUACUUAUUCUUGUUGCUACCAUGCAAACUAAUCUAUUCAAAAGCAGUAGUCUUAUUCAGAGAGGUCUGAAUAUCGUAACCAAACAAAAUCGUUUUCAAUCGAAAGAACCCUUAAUAAAAGAACAGACAAAUCUCAAAGAUCUGCUAUCGAUUCAUGUCAAUCAAACAUUAGAAUCCACAGUUCAAUGUGUUGGAUCGCUUUACAACCAAUCAUGUCUCUUUCAGAAUCUCUACUACGUCGAUAGUACAUUUAUAAUGCUAAUCGUUAAAGGAAGAUCUUUACCAACAUAUUCCGUACGAACAAAUGCUUUCGAUUUUCGGUCAUUAACACCAAAUAAACGCGAAUUCGACACAUAUGCUGAUCUUGAAUUAUUUGUCCGUCAUGUGAUCUUUCCUAAAUGGUUUCCUUAUGUUACACUUUAUUUUUCGCAGCCAUGGCACUUUAAUAUUGGUCAUGCACUUUUCGAUGGAUUGUAUCCGGCAUAUGUUGCAAUGAUACGAUUUUCGCCUCGACACCUCCAUCCAUUUCGCAUCUUAGCAGGUAUUGAUGAUUGUAGCGACUGUUGGAGUGAGGAUGUCUACAGUCGUUUCGCUGGACUUGGCAUCGUUAAACAGAACGUUCUUAAUAAACUGUCAACAAAUCGAUGGUAUGUUUUUGAAGAAAUGAUUAUGGGUAGUGGAACUAUGUGUCAACGCUGUAAUCAACCAAAUCUACAAUUAGCUGGCGGUGUUGAAUUAGAUGCAUCGAGAUUAUUUCGCGAUCGAAUGUAUCAACAACAUGGAUUCGUUCCUCUGAUUCGACGAUAUCAAUCUUCGGCAGAACAUCGAACGUUGCAUAGUGUUCUACAAGCUUAUGUAAUCGAUAAUAAACGUUUUACUCCAAACGAUCGUGAAGCGAUCAACGAUGCAAUUAAAGAAAUUCAUAACUAUACUUAUUCACAUAUGAACCAAGCAGAAAAGCAGUUAAAUGAUGAUUUAGAAUGGCCAUUAAUCAAUGUGACAUACAUUUAUUAUCAGUCUAUCAAAGCACAGAAUAUGAGUGCACUGUCAGUCAACGCAACUCGAAUUGAUUCUCGCUCGCCAACAUAUGAAAUAUUGGAUAGCAAUUUUAUGGCACAAUUGAAACUUCUUCAUCAAAUGGACAUUCACAUAACAGGUCCAGGAACAGGUCAGAUGUAUCAGACCUUCUUAUCUGAUGGAUCUGUUUCAAUUAAUAUUGGAGGUAUAAGACCGCAGGGAGUUCAUGAUACUUCCAAAGCAUAUACCUCAUUCCUUGAACAGCAUAUGACAAGUGGUGCGCCGUAUCUCAAAGGUCUCUACUAUCCAAUUAAUGAACGGCAGAAAGGGAUAAGAAAAGAACACAUAGUCGAACUGAUUCGUCAGGCUGGUAGACUCAUUUUGCAAGGCUUUAGAAUACCGGUGAAUCCUCGAGAAAAUUUAGCACCUGAUGGUCAACUAUUUAUUGAAAUGUGUGAACUUGAUCGACAAUUUUGUGAAUUAGUUACAACAAGAUCGCCAGACCAUGAAUAUAGAUGUUUAGACUUAUGGGUUGAAGAUUUCGUACAUGAAGAUCAACAAUGGAAACAAGGAGGAUAUAUCUACAGUGGUCGUAAUAUUAGUUGUCCGUUUAAUCGGACGCUACUAUAUGAAUUAAGAAAAAAAUAUGGUAUUGAACAUCGCACAGGUAAUUCAUCAGAGUCUACACAAUGA